AAACACUUCUAUAUAAGGAAUUCCCUUGUGUCUAUCUUCAUAUUCUGCGUGUUAAUUUCAAGAAACAACAACAACAAUAUGAAGCACGUUUUCAGCGUAAUCUUUUUUACUUUCUCGAUGUGUAUCACGCAUUCGUUUGCACAGUCGCCAUCGAAAGAAGUGGCAUGUCCAUCGUGUUUCCAUCUUGAAUUCGAAAUCCGCAACCUUCCAAGGUUUAUCAAGAUAUAUGUCGAAUCCAUGCUGUCAGGACUAAAAUUGUCCAAUCCGAACUGCGCAAGCAAUAAAGUGGCACCCAAAGCCUGCCCGAAGCCUCUAAUCCCAGGUCUUAUGGAAAACAAAUGCCAGACAGCAAGAAUAAAUCUAAAAGCCGUCGGAAUAAAAUCAAUUUUUCCAGAUGCGGAACUAGAUGUGGGUGUUAUACUUCGAACAUGUAAAUCUGAAUGGUCAGGAACUAUGGAUAAAUGUAUGAAACUAAGUGAAGUUGAUGCUGCAACUAAAGCAGAGAUUACUAAGAAGCUUAAACGGGUGGAAACUCAGUGGAACAGCGUCACCUACACCGGAAACGUUUGCACCAAAACACCUUAAACACAACGAUCCAGUACCAGACAUUUUUAUAUGACAUUGCUACCUUUGUAAUCAUUUUCUCAGAGAUGUUUUAAUCAUUUAUUUAUAUAGAAAUUCAGGUUUAACCGUCUUUUUCUAAAUUUGCAUUAUUAUGAUAUAUUAACAUCAUUCUUCCAAAAGAAGAUAAUUGUAUCAGAUAGUUUGUGUAUUUUCGUGUCUUUGCAUGUAUAGCCAUUGUGGUACUCUCUUUGAAUAAAAAUAAAUUUCUUUUCAUAA